GAGACAUGGGACUGCGGAGUCACCGAGGGGGGGGAACUGUUCCCCACAACUCAACCCCAAGGAAGGGAACCAGAUCUACCUGAAGACGCUUUAAUGGAGCCUCUACUACACCUGUGUUUCAUCAUUUCUACUCAGUGUUGGACCGGAAAAGAGAGAAAAGUUCAAUGACAGCUGAAGUUAUCCGUGCAUUGUUAACACCAGAGUGCCACACCUUCGCUUAGAGGCAACAGCUCCACGACACAGCUGGCCAAAUGGGGUGCCAAUGCUGCAGGAUGAUAAAAAGCUACAUCUACGACCCCUCCGAGGUGGUGGAUGUGAGGAAGACCGACUCUGCGGGCAGCUCGCUCUACCAUCCGCACCGCCUCCCCGGCAGUGGCCCUCUCGACAGCCACAACAAGCAGAAGCAGGGCUUCAACAACCUGGGCUACAGCAAGUCCAACGACAGCACACUGAAACUAGAGGUGGACAACAACCACGUCAACCAACGGCUGCACGCCGCGCAUCCACCCGCCAAGGAGCCGAACAAGCAGGGGAGCACACCACCCGCAGAUGGAGGUCUGUACAUCAUCCAGCCAGAAACUCUGGGGCCGAGAUGGGUGAUGCAGGACAAAGGGCCGAUCCAGGUGCCGGUCUACCCCGACAUGAAGGACUACGAGAACCAGAGGAGCUACGGCGAGCGUGGGCGCAGCACGACGAGGAACGAGUGGGACAACUCCAUCACCGAGUGUGGGAUCCGCUGCGGGAGCCUGUCAGCCGACGAGAUAGACGAGGGCGUUGGGGGGACGCCGGAGUACCCGUGCGACACGGGGGACGAGGGCAGCGUCCUGUCGGUGGAGAUCCACACCAGCACCACCAGCCUAUCCUCGGCCGACACCAGGGAUGGGCUCAGGUUUCCAAAGACCCCGGACGUUUCCACCGUGGAGAGCGGGAUCUCGGUGAUGAAGAGCGAGGACGAGGAGGAGGAGGUGCAGAGCGUGACGGACUCCAUGGUGGCGGAGGCUCUCGCCGCUUUGGAGGCCGCCACCGCCGGAGAGGACAGCGAGUGACGGACCUCUGAGCGGCCUCACAGACAUCAAAACCACCACGUUCUGAAUUAAACAACUGGUGUUUGUAUCAGAACGUGUAACGAAUGAAGGAAAACUGCUUAAAGAAAAAGUACAGAUUUAUUUUUGAACUCAAAAUCUUGGAUAUUUUUUUAUUUGGGUCACUCUGACAGAAGAUAAUGUCAGCCGUAUGAAGGAGGCUAACUUUUCCGAUGCCACAAAUGAUAAAGUUGUGUCGACUGUGAAUAUCGCCUGCAGCAAUAUCAGCCUGUUAUGCAUCAAGUGUGUUCAACACUCCACAGUCCUCAUAAGACAGUACGUGCUCACUCACUGCUUUGCCAUGUCCAUACUGCCCUUGUACACGCAUUUUAAAAGAAAAUGUUGCAUUAGCAUCGCUAUGCUAACAGAGCAUAGGGUCAAUAUUUCCUUUGUGAACACACAGUCCUUGCCAUAUCUCACGGUCUCUUCACAGAUCUCUCAUUUCAGUGAGAAAGCGAAAGAGGAAAGGUCAUCACAUAUUUUUUUUAUACCCAUGUUUUUGUCUCUAUUUUGUCUUCAGUUGUUAUUUAUGAUAUCUUCACUCGCACCGCUUUUGAUUUAUUGGGAGAGGAAACUGGACGUUGUUUGGAGCAGAAAAGCAGGACGGAGGAUGCGGGAGCGGUUCUUUAUUUAUAACUUAUUGUGUCAUCGUUGAUUUCAUGGGAAUUAAAAACAGAAUGAAUAUUGUAUCUACUUUGAAAUUUUGAAAAAUAAAUAGUUUACACACACAUCAUCAGACACAUGUUCACUGACAACGCUCUUUGUUUUUAUAAAGUAACUUAAUACUCAUGUUAGACCAUUUGUGGCGUAUCAGAAGAUCUAUGCACAUUUGAAUUCUCCAGCAGGUUACCAAAGGAAAAAAUAGAAAACGUGUACAUUUCACUUAUAGCUUAGUUUCUGCAGUUUUUCAUCCAUAGCUGAACUUUGAGCUUUAAAGACCAUCUAAGGUCAAAUCAUUGGUGAAUAAACCACCAAGGGGCCGUCAAUUAAUCAUUCCAGCUCACAGGUUUUGUGUUUCCCGUCCGGCCCAUGACAUUAGUUCAAUCAGCAGCUUGCUUAUGUGUCUUAUAACAAACUUAUUUAGGCUAGCCGGUGCGAAGGAAAGAGUGUGUGAAGAGUGUGUUAAUGCUAAAUAAACCUUUAUUCUCAAUGAAGUUCUGAAUACGUUUCACUGCGACGCCCCUUUUCACUCAUUGUUUCCCUGCCAAAUCAUUUCUAGUUAUUAUAUUUGUAUUGUAAAA